GGAGGCUCGGCGCGCGGUGACGUGGUGACCGAUGGAGCUGCAGUGAGGAGGAGGAGGAGGAGGAGGAGGAGGAGGAUGAUCUUCAUGCUGAUCGGCGCUGCUGUGGUGAUGGCCAUCGCGUGCUGCCUGGACAUGAACGCGCUGCUGGACCGCUUUCACAACUACAUCCUGCCGCACGUGCGCGGGGCGGAUCGCGUGUGUCACUGCACCUGUGGCAGAGACCGAGUGCAGUAUGUGAUCCCGUAUGAAGGCUCCAGCUCACUGGACAGGGAUGGGCCAGCAGGGGGCAGCAGCGUCACUAAGCAGGAAAUGGACCUGGUUCUGGGGCUUCUCCUGGGCUUUUUGAUCAGCUGGGUUCUGCUUUGGCUGGACGGAGUUCUUCACCGGGUUCUGCGGGCCUGGAGAACCCGCCGGCAGCAAGAUGCCUGGCGCUCGUGGAAGUGGGUGACCCGUGUGUGUGACGUGAGGGAGCUGCACCGGCGGCUACAGCUGCGCAGGCCGGAGGAAACCGGAGGAAACAACGUGGUGCAUAUCAAACAGAAACAUUACCAUAACGGACACCCGAGCCCACGCAGACUCUAACACAGACACGCAGUCCAGCAGGUCCCCGAGCGACGCGCCAGUCUGCAGUUACACAGCACGAUGUGGCUUUCAAACAGCUAAACGUCUUGUGUUAGCAUAACACUUAGGCAGCUAGUGUUAACUAGCACAUCUAGCAUCACAGCUAGUAGGAUUGCCAGCUCUGAAGGAUUAACUGAGGCCUCCUAGAGGUCUAAAAAUGCUGCCCCUGAGAUUUUAAUACAUUUUAAAUACAUUAACAGCUAAGUGUGCAGUGAAGGUGAGUUUAGGGCUGUGACGAUCAUAAGUGGCUCCUAACUGAGGACAGAAACAGCUUGAGCUCAAAUAAACAAACGCCACUCGCCGCUAGAGAACCUGUAGAGAGGAGAAUUGCCGCUCUGUAAUGUCUUCCAGGUUUCUUGAACACUAGAGGGCGCUCGCGAGCGAGUCCAAAAUGAA